AUGCUUAAUAUUCAAUCAAUUAUUUGUGUUCAUAUUAUUGGAUGGUCGCUUGUUUGUGGAGGUUCAUCUGAUUCAUUUAAAAAAUCAUUCACUCCUCCAAUUUAUGAUCCUUGCUAUGACGAUAGUCGUCCCCAUCGAUGUCUACCGGACUUUGUGAAUGCCGCGUUCGGUCAACCUAUCGUCGCAUCCUCAACAUGUGGUCGGUAUGGGCCAGUUCGUGUUUGCGAAGACGCCAAUUUUAGCGAGUCUCCAGCAUGUUAUUUAUGCGAUGAUUCAAGCCCUAAAUACAGCUUCCCAGCAAGUUAUUUAACAGAUAUAAAUAACUCAAAUAAUUUAACUUGUUGGCGUUCAGAACCAUCUCCAGCACCAUCUUCUAUUAAUUCACCGCCUGAUAAUGUGACAUUGACAUUGUCUUUGGGCAAAAAAUACGAUCUAACUUAUGUGAGUUUGGUAUUCUGCCCACGUUCAACGAAGCCCGAUUCAUUGGCCAUUUAUAAAAGCAAUGACUAUGGAAAAACGUGGCAACCAUUUCAGUAUUUCAGUAGUCAAUGCAGACGCUUUUAUGGCCGUCCAAAUCGUGCGACAAUAUCAAAAAAUAAUGAACAGGAGGUUCUUUGCACAGAUUCUCAUCAGUACAAUAAAGACACAACAACGCUUCAGGGAUCGCGAAUUGCUUUUAAUACUUUAGAGGGGCGACCAUCAGCAGCUGAUUUAGACUCGUCUCCUAUUCUACAAGAUUGGGUAACAGCUACAGACAUUCGAGUAAUUUUUCAUCGUUCACAACUUCCAUCACAAGAUUCAAACAACAACAAUGAAGCUUUAACGGAAGCUCCCAAACCUCCAGUUUUGAUUAAAUACAAAGACGAAUCGUACGAUGAGAAUGAAAUCGAGAUGAUGCCAUCGACAACAAUAACAUCAUUUAAUGAUCGACAAAUGAUGCAACAUUAUGCGCUUUCAGACUUUUCUGUUGGAGGUCGAUGCAAAUGCAAUGGACACGCGUCACGCUGCAUCCGUGGAGUCGAUGGAAAGUUAGAGUGCGAAUGUAAACACAACACAGCUGGUCGCGAUUGUGAAAAGUGUAAAUUAUUUUAUUUCGAUAGACCGUGGGCACGCGGCACAUCAAGGGACGCACAUGAAUGUAAAGGUGAGUAA